UAAGUGAUGGAUAAAGAUUUUCAUGUUCGUGGACAUCAUCGUAACAUUGUUGUUAUGGACGAGUUAAGCGAGCAAUCUAGAUUUGUCUCAUUGCCAAAAGGUAAAAGGGACCAAAGGCAUCUAGGACACCACCAGGAAAAUGAGGGAAGGCUUUGAUAGAUCUUGUAUUCGCUUGGUUUGAUCGAGGCACAUUUUAUGUGACACCACAAGCUGCAGUUAUCGCAACUCACUGCUCGAUUAUUUCGAGCAACACGCUUGUUACAGACUGAGGAUUCAUCUGGACCAGGAUUUAAGUCGAUGUCUCCGCUUUUGUAGAGUCGCAUUUGAUGGAAUGUUGAGCGCGAGUUCGCAUAGUAACUUGUCCUGGUCGCAUGAAAACCUCUCACAUACAACACCAGACCAAGAUGGCGGAUCUUUUUCGUCUUCCAUUGAUUGCAGAGGCUUGUGUAUUCGAGUAUGAGAAGUCGCCUUGACCACGAAAAAUCCUUCAAGAUAAGGAUUUUUCUAUUUUCUUGAAGUGCAGGUCGACUUUUAGCGAAUUGUGUAAAUAAUAAGAACAGUGUAAAAGCAUAAAAGCAGGAGAAAUUUAAAACACGUCCUCUCGCCAUCUCCAAAACCGGCAGGCCCGGUUGAUAUCGCAAGUAGCGGUAUCAAUUCUUGGGAAGAGAAGAAAUUGUAAUGAUAACAAUAAAAAAAAUGAUUAAAUCUUUACGCAUAUUCACAUUGGACAAGACUACCGGCUUUUCUGUUCCCCCUUAAUUUCAUGCUUGGCUAUCCACUAAAGCUCCCUCUCUCUGCUGUGAUUUUUGGUAUAAGUUAGAGCUUCAUUCAGAUUAGAAGAAAAAGAGGUCGUAUUUCUCAGUGUGAAAUCAGUACUGAGGAACAAAUACAGCAAAACUCUCCCUGCGAUUUUGUUUGAAGGGGCUUUGUAGGAUGUGGUGUGAUCUGAUUAAUGAUGCUAAACUUUGGCGGUGGCUGAUCUAUUUCAUUACGCUCGUGUUUCUUUAUAGUACCAUGGAAAUAACAAGCAACUCUCGCACAUGGAUUAUUUCAAAGAGAGGCGGUACGAUAUCAGAGAUGUAGAUCAGUAUCGUUUCACGCUUGGCCGAUAAACUUCAAAAAAGUAACCUACGCUAUUUUUACUUCGAACACAGGCUUGUUUGAAGGGGCCUGUCAAAACUGAUGCGACCUGAUUAAGAUGGCAAGCUUUAGCAGUGGGUGAUCUAUUGAAUUAUGCCCGUGUUUUUUUUUUCAUUAGUUCCAAGGAAAUAACAAGCAACUCUCACACAUGAAUUAUUUCAAAGAGAAGCGGUACGAUAUCACAGAUGCAUAGCAAUACCGUUUUACGUCUGGCCAAUAAGCUUUCAAGACAUUUACCUAUUUCUUCUUGUUUGGUACCGUACUUUUAACUCGAACACAGAAGGGAGAUCGAAGUUUCUUCAAGAUUGAGAAGAUGAACCAAUUGUGUCAUUUACUCUGGCUGGUAUCGCUAGCAUACUUAAAUGUCUCUGCUGAUAAACAGUGCAAACUAGCUGAAGCAUCGAUUCGGGGCAAAGCCCUCAUCGGUUAUACACUCAAACCUUUGGUCGUGCGGGCUCCGUUUCAUUGCCAAGUGCUUUGCGAGAACACUUUUACUUGUCAGAUCUACAACUUUUUCUUACCGAGAAAGCUUUGCGAAUUGAACAACAGAACCGUCAAGGAAGCAAGACCGCGAAAUUUUGUCACAGAUGAUAAUCAAUUUUACGUGAGGAGCUGGCCUAACAGAGUUCCUCUGGGCACUAUUCCUAAAUUGUCAGUCGAGUCCUGCAUGGAAAUCAUCUUCAGCGAAGGACUAAAGGCUGUCAUUGGUAUAUACUGGCUCAAUGUCAGAGAACUGGGAAUAGCACAGCUGGCAGGUAUGGGUGGAGCCUUGUUGCUCGGUUCUCAAACAGUGAUAUCAAGCAUUGGAUGGACGAGUCUGGUCAGUGGUGGUUUGAUAGAAAUGAAGCUUUUGGAGAAACCACUGAUCCGCCUGACAACACUGACAUGAUAUCACCGUUGUUUUGGCUGCUAAACGGAAGUGACUUUAAGAUCACCUGCAGCGACGACUCUAUGCAUGCUCCACUAUUACAGACGAUAGAUAACUGUUUAGGAAGUCAGACACUCCGUUCGAAAGUCACAAACUACGGUGACUUCAGAAAUGGUAAAGUUUGGCCCGAGAGCAAGUGCUUGAGAAAGUGCAAUAUGGUGGAAAGUACCAAAUAACUGAGGGCUUUGGGAAGGCUACAUGCAGCAGCGAAAUGGAAGCUGCUGACGAGGUCGCUGCUGUCGGAGCUCCGACGAAGGGCUAACGCUCGAAACGUCAGCUUUUGUAAUCGUUACGGUGGCCAAUUUACCAUUUCAACUUUGUUGAUAUAUCCAGAUUAUUAAGAUAUUUUGGGUUUUAUUAUUGAUACAUUGUAGAAUUCGAUGUUUCUGUGAUUCCAAUAUUUAAGCGCUUUAUUUGCAUCAAGCUUUUGGAAUUUUUAAAUCAACUGUUGGUGCUUCAGACUGUUUAUUUCACGGUUAGGUGUUUUCUCCCUUUAGAGCACAGGUGGGAUGUGAACUCCCGAGGUUAAGAAACCACAACCAAAUGAGAGUAUUAGCGCUUACUUUUUUGUAAUAGUAAAGGGAAAUAUUUGUUGAAGUUAGAGCAGUAAAUGGAGGUAGUAGGUUGUAACAACAAGGCACUGCCACA